UCUUGCAGUCUUUUUUUACUAGACUGGAAAUAUUCACUGACAAAAGACGGAGACGUUGGGAAGCUUUAAUCCUUAAUCCCUGCACCAAAAAAACAUGGAAUAUCUGGAGCUGAUACUCACCUUGCUGGGUGCUACAGUUCUUUUAUACUACGGAGGGAAACUGUUGGUCUUCAGUAGGAUUCUUUUUCCUAAAUUGUGUUUUCCUCUGUCAAAAACUUUCUUCACUUCUAUGGGAGAAUGGGCAGUGGUGACUGGUGCUUCAGAAGGUAUAGGCAGAGCUUAUGCAUUUGCACUUGCUGAACGAGGAAUGAAUGUUGUUAUCAUAAGUCGAACCAAAGAAACGCUGGACAAGGUUGCAAAGGAAAUAGGUGAAACCACAGGACAGAGGGUGAAGGUGAUAGUGGCAGACUUCAGUGAGGAGAAUGUUUUCCGGGAAAUAGAGGAAGAGCUAAAAGACCUUAAUGUUGGGGUUUUAGUUAACAACGUUGGGGUACUCCCCAGCAUCAUCCCCUGUAAGUUUCUCAAUGCCAAAGAGCUGGAUAAGACAAUAACAAAGGUGAUAAACUGCAAUGUGAAAACUUUGUGCAAGAUGAGCAAAAUAAUCCUCCCAGGCAUGGAGAACAGGAGAAAAGGGGUGAUCAUCAACAUUGCUUCAGGAAUUGCUUCUUUUCCCUUCCCACUGUAUACCCUUUAUGCCGCAUCGAAGGUCUUUGUGGAAAGAUUUUCUCAAGGUCUUCAAGCAGAGUACAAAGAUAGAGGGAUUCUCAUACAGGCAGUGGCUCCAUUUGGGGUCUCCACUAGGUUGGCGGGUUUCCAAAAAACAAACAUUGUGACUCUGCUUCCUGAGGACUUUGUACAAAAGUCCCUGCAAUACCUUAGAGCUGGAGACAAGACCCACGGCAGCCUCUGCCACACACUCCUGGCCUGGUUCAUGCAGUCUAUUCCCCUUAAGCUUUUCUAUGCUGAGUUUAUGCUGCAACGCUUACAGGACUACGUCAAAAAGGAAACGGGUCAGCAUGAAUCAGUUUCUGGACCAAAAACAACAUCUAAAAGUGGUCUGAAGAAAUAAGAUUGUGAAUCCAGUUUUAAUUAUGGAACUGACGGUGGUUGUAAAUAAUGAAAGGAGUUGAUUAUUAUGAUUUCUGUUUGUUUUAAGUAUAUAUCUAUGUUUAAAAUCAUAAAUACCUAUGGUUUAUUGUUAUUCUUACCAAUACUGAAAAAUAAACCCAAUAACUGAAACUUAUUGUAUUUUGUCUACUAUGUUGUAACUCAAGUAAAUAGCUGUCAGGUUAGCAUACCAUAUACAAGCUAUAGAAUAUAUUAGACAUACUGAACUUUAAAAAAUAAAAUAAAUAAAACACAGUACAACCCAUCAUUGCACAUCUCUCCACUUGUUCAUUUUUAAGGGAUCAGGGUAGAAAUGCAUUACAUACAAGUAUUAACAUUAUUAAUACUGAACAGUCAGUGAAAAACUUUGGACAGCUUGGUAAAGAAAUAUGAAAUAUGAAUAUAUUUAUCUCUAAUGUUUUUAUUUUACUGGAAAAGGAACAAUUUGCUUUGUUUUAUAUAUUAACAGAAAAUGUGUUUUGUUGUUUAAAAUUUUGAUUUGUCUGUCCAGAGGACAUCGUUCCAGAAGACCUGGUCUUCUUUUAUGUUCUCUUUGGGAAACUUUAGUCUGGCCCUCAUGUUGUUCUCAGAGAGCAGAAGUUUCCUCCUUGCACACCUUCCAUGAAAGUGAAACUUGUGCAGUCUCUCUCUGUACAGGCAUGCACUAGCAAGAGUCUGCUGUAGGUGAACUUCCAUGUCCUGUCAGACCUGAGCAUAGUGACAGUUGUUUUGAAUGCCCUCCACUUUUCUGUACAGUGCAGUUGACUGACCUUAAUUUAAAUUUUGGUAAGAUCCCUUACCAGACUCGGAAGCUGCUACAGUGUUCUUCCUAAACACCUCAGACAGUUUUUUCACAGCUUCUCACUCUCACCUCAAUAGUCAAGAGCACACUAAACUAAAUGUCUGAGGUUUAAACAUGGAAAACGUUCUUCACAACACAGAGUAACAAUAUUCUUAUCCUGUAUUGAUGCAUUAUGCCUGUGUGUAAUUUUUUCCAUUUUAAAUAGGAAUAAAUGUGGGGAUAUACUAAUUUGUUCUCACCCAGACAUUGUAUUUGGUUUUUUACUUUUACAAAAUUUUAAAGGUCUUUUCAGUUUUAAUUGUCAUUUAAAGUAAUCUCUGAGUAUAAUUACAUUUGAUAAUAAAUAUCCAUGUGUCCAAAUGUGUUGAAAAACACAACAGCUGUCCUUGUGUGUCCUACUUUUUUCAUGAUUGUAUGCUGACAUCCUGCUAUUAUAUAUCAUAAAGGACAUGAAUAAUUUACAAGCCAUACUGCUGACCUAAAUGUAUUUACCUUGCACAAAACUGUGCAACGCACACUGAAAGAGAGUGAACUUCAAGCUGGAGUUUAAAUCAGAAUAGUAACAGAAAACAGAAAGACUUGGCUUUGACAGCCUGCUACUGCUGCAAAUGAUGUACAGUGAUACAACUACAAAGAUGUCCCCUCAUUUGUCUGCAUAGACUGGUUCGCACAGACGUUUGCUGCAAGGACCUCUGACUGAGAAAAGCCAGAAAUUAUAGGAGGGCAGCAUGUUUAGACAGCCAUGAUAUACGAUCCUCCCCAUCAGAGAUUGCAGAGAAUGGGAGCAGAAAACGAGAUGGUCAGAGUGACCCCCAGCAUAGAUCAUCCACGCCUGCUCUGACUCUUUCAGACCAAAACUAAACCUACUUAGUCGAAGACCGUCUUUAUCUGUAUCACAUCACCUUUUAAUGAGAUGAUUUUUAUGGUUUCAUAAUCAAUCAGUAAGUAAGAGAUAAAAGCAACAGCUGGGCAGAAUAGGUUAAAUGUGUCAGAAAGGCAAUGAUGAAUACGUUCUUUAAUGAAACAUGUUAAAGAUAUUGUGGCUUUGUUGUAGCUUUGAAGGAAGUAUUUUUUGUGAUUAAGCAUUUUAAAAUAUUGAUUUUUACUUGGACAUCUGCUGAUGGAAUCUAAUGGGUCUAUUUCAUUUUUGUCUUAUUGUUGAAUGUUCAACAAAUAAACGGGUUCUGUUUUUCA